AUGGACCGCCCUGAGGCCCCCUUGAUACCGGAAGAUCAGCGCGACCACGAGCUCCAGUCCGACGGCGACGACGCGGAGACCGAUGCGGGAAGCAUAGCGAGCAAGGCCAACACGAACCCUGGCGUUUUCGUCCUGGUCUUGACAUUCGCGGCCGGCAUCAGCGGUCUCUUGUUCGGAUAUGACACAGGCGUGAUCUCGUCCACGCUGGUUUCGAUCGGCACGUCCCUGUCGAACCGAGAACUUACGUCCAUGGACAAGUCCAUCAUCACAUCCUCGACAUCACUCUUUGCGCUUAUCCUGUCUCCACUCUCGUCCGUACUCGCCGACAAAUUCGGGCGCAAACGAGUCAUCCUCUUCGCCGACGUGCUGUUCGUAGCCGGCGCCCUGGUGCAGGCCUACAGCGACACCGUGACGGGCAUGGUCGCCGGACGAUGCGUUGUGGGGGCAGCAGUCGGUGCCGCGAGCUUUGUUGUGCCGCUCUACAUCGCUGAAGUGGCGCCCGCUUCCCAUCGCGGAAGGCUCGUGACGAUGAACGUUUUGUUCAUCACCCUCGGACAGGCUGUCGCGUACAUUGUCGGAUGGAUAUUUUCGACGUUUGGGUCUCCAACAUCGGGCUGGCGCUGGACGGUGGGCCUGGGAGCCUUGCCCGCCGUUUUUCAAGCUGGUUUAGUCUUCUUCAUGCCGGAAACACCGAGAUGGCUUGUCAAGGUCGGACGCUCUACGGCGGCCAAGUCGGUGAUUCAAAGAGUCAAUGGCGGCGCGGCUGCAUCGACGCGCAACGCUGAUGCGGUGAUCCGGGAGAUUGAAGUGGAAGCCCGGGAAGAGCAGGAGGCACGGAGGUUCCGCGAGCACGAGCGCGCCGGCCCGUGGCGGUGGCUUGGUGCCUGGCAAGAGCUGCUUAGCGAAGGGCAGAAUCGCCGUGCUUUGGCCAUUGCUUGUCUGUUGCAGGGUCUGCAGCAGCUCUGCGGAUUUAACUCACUCAUGUACUUUUCGGCGACGAUAUUCACCCUCGUCGGUUUCAAAAACCCGACCUUGACCUCUCUCACGGUGGCCGUCACGAAUUUUAUCUUUACUAUGGUUGCCUUGACGUUGAUUGAUCGCAUUGGACGGCGCCGUAUCCUACUAUAUUCGCUGCCAUUCAUGAUCUUGGGUCUGCUCCUCUCUGCUCUGGGCUUCUCAUUUAUCUCACUGGGCGAUACUGCGGAGGCUUCUGCUCAGGAUGCAGAUGGAUCAGGGGCUGGGAGUGCUGCGACACUCAUUCUCGUCAGCAUCAUGCUCUAUGUGGCUUCCUUUGCCCUAGGACUGGGCAAUGUUCCCUGGAUGCAAUCUGAGUUGUUCCCUCUGGCGGUCCGAUCUUUGGGCAGCGGUGUGUCGACUGCCACCAACUGGGGCUGCAACUUUAUCAUAGGGCUCACGUUUCUGCCGCUCAUGGACCUGCUCAGUCCGUCGUGGACAUUUGUACUGUACGCUGCGAUAUGCGUUGUGGGAUAUAUCUUGGUUUGGGGGAUAUACCCCGAGACGGCAGGGCUCAAUCUCGAAGAGGCGACAGCCCUGCUGGAGCACGGCUGGGGCGUGUCCCUAGGUAGGGAUAGACCUUGA